AACAGACAGCCACAAUGGAAUCUGAACUUCAGAAGAGUCCAGCUACUCUUCAGUGAGCCCUCCUGUGUGCCGGGCCCAGUACUGAGAGGUUUCCAUGCAUUCAGUCCUUCAGUCCUCACCACAAAUCUGAGGCAAACUAUUUACAUAUUCUUAUGAAAAAGAAGUCUGCAAACAAGAUUACUUUAUUAAAUCACCACCUCCUCAGCUUUUCUCCUCCUCGAACUCUUGGAAAAAGCGGUUUUUUAUUCUGUCAAGGAAUGGGGUAAAGGGCUUUAAUCUUUCCUAUUACAAAGACCAUCAUCGGCGAGGGACCAUUGAAAUUGAUCGAAAUUCCAAUGUAGAAGUUGGCAUAAGUAGCCGUGAAAAAAUGCAAACUGUACAGAAGAUGUUUAAAUGCCACCCUGAUGAGGUAAUGUCCAUCAGAACCACUAACAGGGAAUACUUCCUCAUUGGCCAUGACAGGAAGAAGAUUAAAGAGUGGGUCUCCUUCAUGGCGUCAGCUUGCGGGGAUGUAAAAGCAGCACACCAGAAUACAGAGCAGGAGAAACUCUCAUUGGGUGAGAAAAGCCCCUCUUCAGCCCUCAGCCCUCUCCUUGGUCCUUCCAGCACGCCAGAGGCUGUCAGCGCCACUUCACCAAGCCAUAAUCUUCCAGACCUGCAUUUAAUGGAAAAAAGUCCUCCAGGACUCAGACAAGCUCAUCUACCACAUGAUUUCGUGAUGGAGACCACUCAAGAUACGGAAGAAAAGAGUUAUUAUGCUAGUCCUCGAAGUAUUCUUUUAGAGUUGGAUAAUAUUAUUGCCUCUGCUGAUUCUGGUGAACCUCUUGAACCUGGUAGUCCAGAUCAGGUCUCCAAGAAAAUUGAGCAUCAUUACAUGUCAAUGAAAUCCUGUUUUUUCAAAGAGACAACUGAUGAGUCGGCUGAUAGCAAAGAAGAACCCCAGACCCUCCCAGCGACCCAGAACGGGGGGCUCCACCUGCAAGAACAAGGCUCAGAAAGGGACUCUCAACUUUCACCUGCUGAAACCGAAGCACAGACCCCGAAUGACAAAAAGGGGACAACCUCACUCACUGUUGUGCAACUGUCUAUAUUAAUCAAUAACAUCCAUGAUGAAAGCCAAGUGGAGAAACUGAACGUGUUCCUUUCUCCUACUGAUAUCGUAGAAUAUUUGGCUCUCACAGAAGCUGCAGGACGGAUAUGUGUGGCUCAGUGGGAAGGCCCCCCACGCUUGGGAUGCUUAUUUUUCCACGGAGAUCACCUUUUGGCCGUGAAUGACCUGAAGCCCCACAGCCUGGAGGAGGUCUCCUUGUUUCUCAGCCGGUCCAACCAGAAGGAGAAAAUAAAACUCACCAUCGGCCGGAUCCCAAAUUCAGAGAAAUUCCACUGUAUGGCCUGUACGUGCCACUUAAAACACUAAGGUGUUGUACCUUUUCAGCUGGAUGAGUCCUAACAGGAAACAACACUGAAGAGGAGCCCAGCCAUUAAAAAGGGUCAGCAGAAAACAACGGGAGAGUCACAUGCUGGGACUCUGAUGAAAUGAGGAUGGGACCCAGACUCUGCGCUGGGCGCUGCCAUUUAUCGCUGUGUGAUAUGAGGCAAGUCAGCACACCUCUCUGAAUUUCUACAUCUGCAUCUUAACAACGGGGUAACUGUGUCCUCUCUGGCUACUGCAUCAGGGGUGUGGAGAGGGCCGAGUGACUUUGGAACACAGGGAAAAAUGUAAAACCUUAUCUCAGACUUUGUCCCAAACACCAUAGGCAGAGAUUGGGUAAGUUCCUCAUCUAAAAUGUGCUGUGUGUUCUGCAAGGUCAUGGUCCGCCCAACACCUUCCUUGUUAGGGGAACUCCAGUUGGAAAUACUCAUUCCAGGAAGGCAAGAUUCCCGAGAUAGAUGUGAUAACAUAUCAGCCUUCCCAAACACCUGCUAGUCGUCAUGCUCAUAGUCCUGAAUACUGAUACAGUGUGGCCUCUUGGAUUCAAUCAUUAUCUGGCUUUCUUAAAGACCUAGUAACUAUUUUAGAAGUCAAAGCAGUUUUGCACCAAGUAAUAAGAGAACUACUUUGCACUCUACUUUUGCAAGGUCUUAACGAACUGAUGCAUUACCUAAUCAAUCCUGGAAGACCAAAAAAAUCAAAUCCUUUUUCAUACAUAGGAAAACAAAGGCAGAGAGCUAAAGGAUUAAUCAAAUUCAGGAAUGUUAGAGCCAAAGGGGGCUUCAGACACUAUAUAAUACCAUGGUGUCAUUUUGCAUGGGACGAAAUCUAGGCCUCAAAUGUUUAAUGCUAUACUGUCUUUAUGGCUCCCAGUUUCCCAGCUGUUUACUGGCAGAACCAAGAAUCUAAAAUCAGCCCUGAGAAACACAUGUCCUGAUCCUCAGACUGUAUUUGGAUUCAGAUUUGAAAAGACUUCCGAAUACAGUUCGUUUUCUGUUACCCAGAUUGUGCAAAAAGUUUAAAAUUUUUUCAUUUACAUGCUCUAUUAGACCUACUGUUUUUUUGUUUGUUUGUUUGUUUUAAACUGGUUCACACUCUGCUUUUCCUCCCAAGGUUUAUUGAAACAUUGUAUUAGAUUAAGGUGCACAACACAAUGAUUUGACAUAUAUGUGUUGACCUACGGUUUCUACUUCUAGAAAUUUAUCCUACUACAGAAAUACUCACACAAGUGCACAAGUAUAUGUGUGAAAAAUGUUCACUGUAGCACUGUGUGUAAUACAAAACAAUCCUUUGGAAAUUGGUUAAUUAUGAUGACUUCAUAUAAUUGAACACUCUGAGGAUGUUACAGGUUGUGCGGUUCUGGGGAGAUGUUCACUCUAUAUUAAGAAUGAGAGAAGCAAAUACAGUAGGUAUAACACUGUCCUAUUUUUGCAAAAAUAAAUUAUUUGUGUGUGUGUACAUAAAAUUUCCCCAGCCCUAAUUAGAGAGAGAAUUCCCCACAUCACAGGGUUGUGAGGCUUAAAUGGAUGAUGUAUGUAUAGCACGUAACACAUUGCCUGAUGCAUAGU